AUGCACAACCGAAUGUCUGCCAAUCUGUCUUCGGACACCGAGAGACAGAACAGCCAUGAAUCUUACAUGUUCAACGAUGUUGUCCACUCUUUGUCAUGGUCAAAUAUCACCUUGACCGUGGAGGACCGCUCCACCCAGAAGCCCAAGGACUUGAUCAGCAAUGUCAGCGGCCACAUGAAGGCUGGUGAGGUUCUGGCUCUCAUGGGUCCUUCUGGCAGCGGAAAGACGACUCUCCUUAAUAUACUUGCAGGCCGUGUCCCAGCUACCAAAGGCACCGUGCUCGUCGACAACACUCGCGUAUCAAGUCCAGACUACAAGAAGCUUACGUCUUUCGUUGAACAACAGGACACGCUCGUGGGUUCUCUGACCGUGCGCGAGACUCUUGACUUUGCAGCUCGUAUUGCUCUCCCCAAGUCUGUUCUCAGGAACGAAAAGAACAACAGAGUCCAGACCCUGAUCGAUAGCUUCGGUCUCAAGAAGCAAGCUGACACCCUGAUCGGCACACCUAUACGCAAGGGCAUAUCUGGAGGCCAGAAGAGACGUGUCAGCGUCGCAAGCCAAUUGAUAACCGCACCAAGCAUCCUCUUCCUGGACGAACCCACCAGCGGACUCGACUCUGUGGCUAGCUUAGAAGUCGUGUCCUUGCUGAAAAAGUAUGCUCAGAAACACAAGCUCGUCGUUGUAGCUAGCAUCCACCAACCGUCAGCCUCCACCUUCCAACUCUUCGACAAGCUGCUGCUCUUAUCUCAAGGUCAGACAUGCUAUUUCGGCAGCGUAUCGAAGGUUUCGUCCUACUUCUCCAGCCUCGGCCUGCCUGUGCCACCUCUCAUGAAUCCUUCGGAGCAUAUCCUCGACCUGACAAACACCGACUUCGAAUUGGAUGACAACGAGGAAAAGGGUGCCUCCCAACGCCUCCUUACUAUCCAGUCCGCAUGGAAGGCGCACGACACAGAGGACCAUGACGCGACUAUUGAGCUCGACAAAAACGAGUUCUUUGCAGGCUCUCAGGGACCCGGUUUGGCCCAUGAUUUAGGCAUACCUCUCACCCUGCUGCACCGUCUGUUUCUCAAGUCCUACCGAGACAUUGUCACUUACUGGAUUCGUGUCGCUAUGUACAUGGGCCUCGCGAUCAUGAUGGGUACCGUGUGGCUCCGUCUAAGCACAGUGCAGAAGGAUAUCCAGUCUUUCGUCAAUGCACUAUUCUUCGGAAGUGCCUUUUUGAGCUUCAUGGCUGUCGCCUAUGUGCCUGCCUUCCUCGAGGACCGAGCCAUCUUCAUCAAGGAACGUGCCAACGGCCUUUACGGACCGUUGUCAUUCGUAGUGUCCAACUUCCUCAUCGGCCUACCCUUCCUCUUCCUCAUAUCCAUCUUGUUCGCGAGUGUUACCUACUGGCUAAUCAACUUCCGUCCUGAUGCCACUGCAUUCUUCGUGCACGUCAUGUGGCUUUUCUUGGACCUGGUUGCGGCAGAGAGCCUCGUUGUCCUCGUCUCAUCUCUCUUCCCCAACUUCAUCAUCGCUCUUGCCCUCGUGGCUUUCGCCAAUGGCCUCUGGAUGUCAGUUGGAGGAUUUCUCGUCCCUACAGGAAGUCUGAAUGUCUUUUGGCGUUACGUGUUCCACUACAUUGACUAUCAGGCCUAUGUGUUUCGCGGUAUGAUGGUCAACGAGUUCGAUGGCCGCACUUAUCGCUGUGCUGGCGAUGUUGUCACUGGAUGUUCGUGCGCCUACGAGAGCGAAAUCUCAGGUCAGUGCGAGAUCGAUGGCAGGGCUGUGCUGCAGUACUACGACUAUCCCACUGGUCAGUUGGGAAAGACCGUGGGUAUCAUGAUUGGCAUCAUUGCUGUCUAUCGUCUGCUUGGAUACCUGGCCUUGCGCUUCAGAUAG